UGCCGUGAGGCGGCUCUAGCCGCCCGCAGGAGCCGCUUUGUCCGCCCGCCCUGCCCUGCCCUGCCCUGCCCGGGGGCUUCAUGCCCGCCUGAAGCGGGGUGAUGGAGGCGGUGGGCGACUUUGAGUACAGCAAGAAGGACCUCAUCGGGCACGGCGCCUUCGCCGUCGUCUUCAAGGGUCGUCACCGCAAGAAAACUGAUUGGGAGGUAGCCAUAAAGAGCAUUAACAAAAAGAACUUGUCAAAGUCACAAAUUCUGCUUGGGAAAGAAAUAAAAAUCUUGAAGGAACUUCAACACGAGAACAUUGUAGCUCUCUACGAUGUCCAGGAAAUGCCUAAUUCUGUCUUUUUGGUAAUGGAGUACUGCAAUGGUGGGGAUUUGGCAGAUUACUUGCAAGCUAAAGGAACUCUUAGUGAAGACACCAUCCGAGUGUUCCUGCAGCAGAUCGCAGCAGCUAUGCGGAUUCUGCACAGCAAAGGAAUCAUUCAUAGAGACCUUAAACCCCAGAACAUUUUGUUGUCUUAUGCAAGUCGUAGGAAGUCAAGUGUCAGUGGCAUACGCAUCAAAAUAGCUGACUUUGGUUUUGCUCGUUAUCUGCAUAGCAACAUGAUGGCUGCAACCCUGUGUGGUUCCCCUAUGUAUAUGGCCCCUGAAGUGAUUAUGUCUCAACACUAUGAUGCCAAGGCAGACCUGUGGAGCAUAGGAACUGUGAUUUAUCAAUGUCUUGUUGGAAAACCACCUUUUCAGGCCAAUAGUCCUCAAGACUUGAGAAUGUUCUAUGAAAAGAACAGGAAUUUGAUUCCUAGUAUUCCUCGGGAAACAUCAGCUUAUCUGGCUGACCUGCUGUUGGGUUUGCUUCAGAGAAACCAAAAAGAUAGGAUGGACUUUGAAGCAUUUUUCAACCACCCUUUCCUGGAUCAGGUUUCAACGGUCAAAAAGUCUUGUCCUGUACCAGUGCCCACGUACACAGGCUCAGUCUCUGGCAGUUCCUGUGGUAGUUCUCCUUCGUGUCGUUUUGCUUCUCCUCCAUCUCUGCCAGACAUGCAGCAUAUUCAAGAAGAAAACUUGUCUUCUCCUCCAUUGGGUCCUCCUAACUAUCUUCAAGUGUCUAAAGACUCUGCCAGUACCAGUAGCAAGAACUCCUCUUGUGACACAGAUGACUUUGUUCUUGUCCCCCACAACAUCUCUUCAGAUCACUCAUAUGAUAUGCCAUUGGGAGCAGCUGGCAGGCGGGCUUCAAGCGAGUUCUUGAUGUGUGGAGGGCAGUCACCCUUAACUAUUUCUGGAAGCUCAGGAACUGUACAGAAACCAUCCUCUGCCUCAUCUCGAAGUACUGCUUCUGGUACAGCUAACAGGCAUUGCCAGCCUUCGGUGUCGCCCCGCAGCGAAACGGCRCCCAUUCCCGUUCCCACCCAGCUGCGGAAUUACCAGCGCAUCGAGCAGAACCUCUCUUCCACUGCCAGCCCCCUGUCAAACCCCCACGGGUCUCCGAGAGCCGCGGCUGUGAGGCGCUCCAAUACCAGCCCCAUGGGCUUCGUGAAGCCGGGCUCCUGUUCGCCGGUACCAGCAGACACCGCUCAGGCUGUUGGGCGCAGGUUGUCCGCAGGAUCUUCCAGACCGUAUUCUCCAUCACCACUAGUUGGAACCAUACCUGAGCAGCUCGGACACUGUUGCUGCGGGCAGCUUCAGGGACAUGAAUCAAGGAGCAGAAACUUUUCAGGUUCUCCGAUAGCACCGUCCCAGUCUCCACAGUCGCUUUUGAUGGGAGCUAGGUUGCAGAGUGCUCCUACUCUCACAGAUAUCUAUCAAAACAAGCAGAAGCUCAGAAAGCAACAUUCAGACCCAGUGUGCCCAUCCUAUGCUGGGUAUGGAUAUGGCCAUUCACCACAGCCAAGCAGGCCGGGCAGCCUGGGGACGUCACCCACCAAACACACGGGAUCGUCACCUCGGAGCUCAGACUGGCUGUUCAAAAAUCCCUUGCCCACAAUCAUUGGCUCUCCUACUAAGGCAACAGCUCCUUUCAAAAUCCCGAAAACUCAGGCGUCCUCAAACUUGCUGGCCCUGGCGAGCCGCCAGGGACCAGUAGAUGCCCCUUUGCAGCCUAAAGACAUCACGGACCCGAGGGAUUUCACCCACUUCCACUCAACGCAAGGGAAUGAGAAGCUGACAGUAGAACAGCACGGCAAAGCUGCGUUUGGCAGAUCUGUCAGUACUGGGAAGUUAUCGGAUCAACAAGUAAAGACCACCCUUGGUGGCCAGUUAUAUCAAGGCAGCACAGACAGCCUCAAUACAGAGCGGCCAAUGGAUACAGCUCCUGCAGGGGCCUGUGGAAUUGCAAUGGCACCUCCUUCCAUGGGGAGCGGGGCAAGUUCUCGGGCUGUCCUCUUUACUGUUGGCUCCCCUCCAAGCAGCACCACCCCUCCUACCUGCACCCAUAUGGUCCUCAGAACSAGAACCACCUCGGUUGGAUCAAACAGUUCUGGAGGGUCUCUCUGCUCUACUAGUGGCCGUGUAUAUAUGGGCUCCCCUCCUGGUAUUUAUAUGGGUUCUUCUCCUCCGGGGGCCGAGGCAGCUCCGAGUCUGAAGUACAUGCCUUAUGGUACUUCGCCUCCCAGCUUAGAGGGCUUUAUCACUUUUGAAGCUCCAGAAUUGCCUGAGGAAACUUUAAUGGAGAGAGAACAUACGGACACGCUGCGUCAUCUAAACAUGAUGCUGACGUUUACGGAAUGUGUUCUGGAUCUGACAGCCGUGCGAGGAGGAAACCCAGACCUGUGCACUUCUGCAGUUUCCCUCUACCAGAUCCAGGAGAGCAUAGUUGUGGAUCAGAUCAGCCAGCUGAGCAAGGAGUGGGGACAAGUAGAGCAGCUGGUGUUGUAUAUGAAAGCUGCCCAGUUACUAGCAUCUUCUCUGCAUCUUGCCAAAGCACAGGUCAAAUCGGGGAAGCUGAACCCAUCCACUGCUGUUAAGCAAGUUGUGAAAAGCCUCAAUGAGCGAUACAAAUUCUGUAUUGGUAUGUGCAAGAAACUAACAGAAAAGUUGAAUCGUUUCUUCUCGGAUAAGCAGAGGUUCAUUGAUGAAAUCAACAGUGUAACUGCAGAGAAACUCAUCUAUAACUGUGCAGUAGAAAUGGUUCAGUCAGCAGCUCUGGAUGAGAUGUUUCAGCAAACUGAAGAUAUUACAUAUCGAUACCACAAAGCAGCCUUGCUGCUGGAAGGACUGACUAAAAUACUGCAGGACCCUGCAGAUAUAGAAAACGUACACAAAUAUAAAUCUAGCAUCGAGCGAAGGCUUUCUGCACUUUGCUAUAGCACAGUGGCUGUGUAUGAGCAGUAGGAACAUCCCGAGGACCAGAUGGUGUGAACAGAAGGGACCACAUCAGUGAUACUGCACUUUUUUCACUACAGCUUAAUUGUUGUCCUUGUUCUGCCCCAUGUGGAAGAUUAUUAUUACAUUUCUGUGGUGACUACCAAAGAAACAGCAGCAUAUUCAAAGAGGAGAAAUUCCCAAAGUACACUUGUAGAAAACCUGCCUUAUUGAUCCAGCAGCAUUUUUUCCCCCCUAGCAGCAGAGUUUAAGAGCAUCUGUCUUCACAUUUCACACUGAUUCUUGUGCGUGUGCUUUGACUUGAAUGACAGGGGCUCAUCCCCCAUGAAGUGUAUAGAAAGGAUCCUUCUGCAUCAGGUACAAAAAGACAUUUUCCCUCAGAAGAUUCCCUCGGUUCCUUGUGGAAGUAUUUUUUAAUUCUCAUUAAGAGGUGGCUGAGUGAAUUUGGGAAACCUGAACCACGUGCAAGUUGCUGUURGCGCUUUUGGAGUUAAGCUGGCCUGGAUCUGUGCUAUACUGCAAACCUGGCUCAGCCUGACGUGAGGGGAUGGUGAGGAAGCACUUUUUUACACGGUGGAAAGUUGGUAAUGGAAGAAAAUGCGCUCCAUGUGUGCAGAAUCCCAGUGGGUUUUCAGCUGAUGUGGAUACAGUUUGAUGAUCUUCUUCCAAAACACUGUUUUGCACUAAUUUACUAAAGCAACUGUAUAUUCAUUUUUGAAGAACUGUAUAAAAGACAAAGAAGGCACAACGGACUUGGCUGAAUUUCAUUUCAGUGUAUAUAAAAUUCUUCUAAGAAUUUCAAAUGUAGCUUCUAGAAGUCUUUCAGACAAACUGUAAAAACUUGUAUUCAUGUGAACCUUUCCAUUUUAUACCUGUUUGUCUAAUACUUGAGUAACUACUGCUCUGGACUUUCUCAGUGAUAGAAAUGCUUUGAGUUGCUGGUUGUUUGCUGCUUACAUAGGUUUGGUUGCAUCUUUUGUUGUGCAUGCAAUAUGUGCAUUAAUGCCUGCAGUCCCUAGGGUGUAAUGACAGUUCUCUGUAGUUCGUUGCUCGGGCAGUAUUACAACAAAUACUGUAAAAUGAGAGGAGCCGUGUAAAAACAGGAAAGAAGGGAAAAAAAAUGGAUUGGGGAUGCUGAUGCAUUGACGUAGAAUUUCUACCUGUGGCAGGUGAGAAAUCGGGAUUGGUUUGUGUGCUUUUUGGAGGAGAGGUGGGAAGCUUCAUUUAGCCUUAUAGGCAUUAUUAUUUUGAGCAUCCCAUGAGAUCAUCGGGACAGUUUUGCAAAGUAUUUAGGCAGAUCAGCUUCUCUGGAAAUGGUUCCUAUACUUUAUUUUUGGGACUCUUUUGUUACUCAGCUGCUUGAAUACUUGAAUAAACCAUUCUCCAGGACAAAAUCAUUUUAAUCCUCUUAAACACAGUGGUCUGAACUAUUUGACAAAACUGUACAGGGCUUACACAUCAACAUAUUGUUUCAGUGUUCGGAUAACCAUGUGUUUCCUUUACUUUGACAGAGUAAUGUACUUUUUACCUUAUUUAUCUGUAUGAAAUUCCAACAGUUAAUUUGAAAUUGUUUAUAUAAUGUUUGUACUUUUAAGUCUUUAAUACGGUGUUUCUACC